AUGAAUAACAUUGAGCUUGAUAUAUGGCGAGGUGAAUGGGGCCUCGCCUCAAUAGAUAUAGAAUGCCUUAAAGUUUUAACGUAUAUGAAAUUUAUUGGUGUACCUGUGCGAGUUCGAGAAGUAAGCAAUCCAUUCUUCACACCAAAAGGAACAUUGCCUGUUCUGCGAGACGGUAGAAAAGCACUGACGAAUUUUGAAGAAGUUGUAGCAUAUUUAAAAUCUUUAGAUUAUAGCACAGAUGUUCAUUUGAAUACAAAGCAAGCAGCAGAAGCCAGUGCCUUCACACAACACAUUAGGGAAAAGCUUUAUCCCGCUUACCAGUAUGCAUGGUGGGUUGAUGAAAAGAACUAUGCAGAUCUUACCAGACCAACAUAUGCUAAGGCACUUCAGAUUCCUUUUAAUUUCUUUUAUCCAUCUAAAUAUCAAAAGGCAGCAAAGGAAAUGAUUGAUGCACUGUAUGGAGAGCAUACAGAUUUAAGAGAAAUUGAGAAAACUGUCUAUAGUGAAGCUGAAAAAUGCCUGAAAACACUGUCAGAUCGGCUUGGUGAAAGUGAAUAUUUCUUUGGCAAUCGUCCAUCAUCAUUUGAUGCAACUGUGUUUGCAUACCUGGCACCCUUAUAUAAGGCACCUUUUCCAAAUGGGACACUGGCAAGCCAUGUAAAGGGCAUCGCCAACCUUACAAGAUUUGUUGCAAGAAUAAAUCAGAAGAAUUUUAGGCACGUCACUGACGAAUACAACAAACAAAAUGCAAAGAAACAGUCCACAGGGACCCAAUCUGAUAGAGAAGCUGCCAAUUUUCCAAAUCAGACUCGAAAUAAAAUACUAGCUGCUAUUUUUGCUGGUAUUGCCAUGACUGGGUAUGCUGUUGCUAAUGGCAUGUUUCAGGAGUUGAAAGAGUUUGAGCAUACGCAAGACUACAGCGAUAUGUUUGAGAAUGAAGCGGACGACAACUGA